AUUUCAGAGGGGUGUGGGGGUUGUUGCCGGUUUGUUAAUGACGUAUCACCUGACUCCGUCAGAAUACACUGUCAAGGGGGAGGAGAGGAUGGAGUAAAUAAAUAAAUAACCAAAAGGAGAUGAAUUAAUUCAAACCUCAGCAUCAUCUAGUGCUGCUGCAUCGAGCAUUACUCGACAUAGGGAAGAAGGGAAGAAACGGACACACCGGGGACAGGGCAAGCAUAGUGCAAGGUGUCAGCCUAAUAAGAAAUUACCUAGGCUAUUAGAUCUGCGGCGUAGAUUAGUCCUCGCGUGAGAAUCGGCUGCCGUCCGGAUCGAGCCGUCAUUUUAUUACUAGACUGUCCCUGUUAAUCGCUGUAUAUUUAUUAAAAACAUUUUCCCCCAGUUACCUUAUUGGGAAAUUGAUAGCGAUUAUUACGAUUUUCUGUAAAACAGAAAACGAUCGGCUGUUUAAUGAAGCCUAGACACUUGCCUAAAUGAUAUUGGACAUUCUUCUUCAGCGAACACUGCUGAAGAAAAGCGCCGGGCCUUCGCGUGCGGAUCAGUUUCAACCUGCUUUAUUCAUUAUAACCGCGAAGAAAUAGCUAUUUAUUGCCGCGUGCGUUACGUAAGUAACGCAUUAACACCGGACUGAGGAUAAACACGAACGGGACUCCAGCGCAGAGAACAGUGUUACCUUUCCCAAGAUUAUCUAUAUUCGCAAGAGAACCCGCGCUAAUUUGAGAUUUUAUCUUAAUGUGAAAAGACCACACACUGUUAUUUCAUUCGGACAGUGAAUAUUUUUCAGGGUCCAUGUUUUAAGCCAUAGGCUGUCAUUUGGGAUUUCAAAGAGGCAGUCUGGGAACCUAAACGCUUUAACUUGGAUAGCUUGCUGUUUUCUUGGUGAGAAUUAUCCUUGAGGGUGAAACUAAGGAGAGAAGAUGUCGGGGCAGACGCUAACGGACCGCAUAGCCGCUGCCCAGUACAGCCUGACCGGAUCAGAGGUGGCUCGAGCUGUCUGCAAAUCCACCACGCACGAAGUGAUGGCGCCCAAGAAGAAGCACUUGGAAUACCUGAUCCAGGCAACCAAUGAGACCAACGUGAACAUCCCACAGAUGGCUGAUACACUGUUUGAAAGGUCCACUAAUGCCAGCUGGGUGGUGGUCUUCAAGGCACUAGUCGCCACACAUCACAUAAUGGUUCAUGGAAAUGAGAGGUUCAUCCAGUACUUGGCCUCCCGCAGCACUCUCUUCAACCUCAGUAACUUUCUGGACAAAACUGGGUCUCAUGGCUAUGACAUGUCAACGUUCAUCAGACGCUACAGCAGGUACCUGAAUGAGAAGGGCUUUGCUUACCGGCAGAUGGCCUUCGAUUUCACCCGGGUGAAAAAGGGUGCUGAAGGUGUUAUGAGGACAAUGGCUCCAGACAAGCUGCUGAAAGGGAUGUCCAGCCUGCAGGGGCUGAUCGAUGCGCUGCUGGAGUUCGACGUUCAUCCUAAAGAACUGACCAAUGGAGUGAUAAAUGCUGCCUUUCUUCUGCUCUUCAAAGACCUGAUUAAGUUAUUUGCCUGCUACAAUGAUGGAGUUAUUAAUUUAUUAGAGAAAUUCUUCAAAAUGAAGAAAGGAGAAUGCAAGGAUGCACUGGAAAUCUACAAGAGGUUCCUGACCAGGAUUACCAGAAUUUCAGAGUUUCUCAAGAUUGCUGAGCAAGUCGGGGUCGAUAAAAAUGACAUCCCUGACGUUUCUUAUGCUCCACCCAGUCUUCUGGAGUCCCUGGAGGCUCACGUGAACACCCUAGAAGGGAAGAAAGGGGACGGGUCUCCAACUAAGGGGUCCCCCACCAAUGGAUCUCCGAGCUCCACUCCAGCUAAAACAGUGGAUGGAGGCACUGUGGAGGCCCUGCCCGGGCCCCCGUCUGCUGGGGCCACUAAUGCUGUGUCGAAUGAUUUGCUGGAUCUGGACCUCUCCAGUGCCCCAGAGCCCACAGGAGCGGCAGCUGCACCCACGUCCUCCUGGGGAGAUCUGCUUGGGGAGGACUCCUUGGCUGCUCCCGCUAGCUCGUCCGAAGCUCUUCUGUCUGAACCCGCCCUUACCGUAGACUCCGCCCCCACUCCCGCCGCCGCUGCUGUCACGCCCUCUGCCGCUCCUUCUGAGGCGACCCCAGCCCCCUCGGCCGCCACUCUGGCCCCUCCCCCUUCUGCCGCCGCUCCCUCCAGCCCUGGAGACGUGGACCUCUUUGGAGACUCCUUCUCCGCCCCCCCAGGAGAAUCCGCGGCUCCUGCUGAAGGCGUGGCACGAGCAGCCACGCCCACACCGGCAGACACGGUCGCGGUCCCGGGAUCCGCUGCCCCGGCGACCUCGCGCGGCCCCUCCCCCUUACCCGACGCCGGCCUGACCGCAGACUUCCUGUCCGAUGCAUUUUCUACCCAAGCUGCGCCUCUCGCUGCUGCAGCUUCUGCCAAAGUGGAUGCCGGUGGGAUGCUGGACCUGUUUGGGGCAGAUUCGUUUGGCGGUUCUGGCGGUGAGUCCCAGCCCACCGCCCCAGGAGCCCCUGGUGUGGACUUACUAGCUGGGCUCAUGAAUCCCGCCCCUGCAGCGGCAGCUGCCACUUCCCCCGCCCAAAACAGUCUCAUGCAGCCAGGGUUUAACGCAGCCUUUGGCUCAGCCCCAGCAGCAGCGCCCUCUGGUGGCGCAGAGGCUUCACUGUUUGAUGGAUUAGGCGAGCUGCUCAUGCCUGCAGUGACGCCCCAAGGGCCCGGAGCAGCCACCUCACCUGGGAAAGCCAUCGGAGGCGACCUGGACUCCUCCCUGGCCAACCUGGUUGGGAAUCUAGGAAUGGGGAAUCAAAAUAAGGACUUGCAGUGGAAUGAGAAGAAGAUGACAGGAGGGGCCAGCUGGCAGCCUCAGGUAGCUCCCACUGGCUGGGCUGCUCAGAUGCCUGGCCCCUCCCCCGGGCCUGUUACAGGAGGUAUGGUUCCUCCCAUGGGGGUGCAGCCUGGAUUCGGCAUGCCUGCAGCAGGCGGAGCUGGAGCUCCCAUGAUGCCUCAGAUGUUCUCUCAGCCAAUGAGGCCACAGUUUCCUGCGGCAGGAGCACCUGGAGCGCCCGGUGCACCGAUGCCCCCAGCUGCUCAGAGCCCCAGAAAGCCGCCUCCUUCGAAAGAUCCCCUGGCUGACCUCAAUAUCAAAGACUUCUUAUAAACUCCCAGGUGCUGUGAGUAUUACUGGACCCCCAAGGAAAUGUCAGCUGAGGUGUUCCAAACGUUCCAGAAUGCAGCUCCUUUUUCUCACUGUCGCCCCCAGUUGACCAAUGUUGUACUGUAGCACAAUCUGUAAAAGUGAACUGUAUGAAAAAUGUGCUUGUCUCAGUGUUAUAAUUUAACUUAAAAAAAAAAAAGAAAAAAAGAAAUAUAGUGUAUUUUGACUCUUGUUUUAAGUGUUUGUGGAGGUGAAAAGCGGGGGUCUCUAUGGUGAUGCCUUCCCACACGUACCAGCCUCAAUAAUGUAUGGUCAGCUGUGGGAUGGCUGAGAUGUAUAUAAUUCUUUAUGUCAGCACAUUAUGUUCCCUCUGUUAUAAAUAUAAAUAUAUAUCUGUUCAAGAAAAUAUUGAUGUGACUCUGAUAUCAAAUUGUAGAUGUUACGUGACCAUUAUCAUCCAUCAUCAAUCCAGCUUUACUUUGGAACAAAUAUAAAUAUAUAAAUAUGAAUAUUAUAAGUAUAAGGUCAUAUAUUAACAUGUCAAGGCUCCUGUACCAUUACCAUUAAAUCCUCCAGUGUAUCUGUAUGUUUUUUCUUCUAUUGUUCCUCGUAUUGUGUGCUACAUGCAGAGAGUUAAGACUUUAAUGUGUUGCUUUUUUCAGUAUGUUAAACUACAAAACUAUAUGCAAGACAUUGUAUUGACAGAUUACAUUUUUAUCUUGGUAGCAAGAGAAAAUGUAUCAGGUAUUAGUUAUAUCUGCAGACUUAAAAAUGUAAAAAUUGCAAUGGACUCGCACUUCUUUAUCAGCAAGCUCUGGUGUUUUGGCAUCCUGACUAUUGAAUGCAACUCAUUUAAGGUGAUUGACAGGUGUCGUGUUCAUGGUGGGAUUGGGGUCUCUCGUAUUAUCCCAGCAUCAAUGUUGUGUGCACCCACUAUCUUUGGUGUUUGUCUAACAGACCUAGCUAAUCUUUUAUUGUAAUGAAUCUGGCCUAUUUUUGUAUUACCAUAGAAGAAAAAACAACCAGACAAAGGAUUGGUUCUUAACCUCGCAAAACAAUUUCCCUCGCCUUCGUCAACGCAUAAGUUCUUUCUACGGUGGUGUUGCAGGUGAGGUUCUCUGUCCUGAAGAAAUGGCUGUUGAUCAGUGUUAACUGUGUGUCCUCAUGAGGUCUGUAGAGCCGUUGGGAUCUGCAUGACUAUAGACUCUAUGGACCAGAUGUACUGGAUGCUUUGUGAAUUGUACCAUUCUAAGUGACUGUGACCACAAUUGUUGUAAAGAAAUAAUGGAUAGAAAAUAAGACAACUUAAGUUUGGUUCUGGUUUCUGUUUCUGUUUGCUUUGUUUAACACCCACUACCCAGUGCAUGUAUUCCCUUUGAAAUGCAAUAAAUUCACUGAUCUGAAGAAACAAUUAUUCAGA